CCGCUCUCGGCAAAAGCUCGGGAACAACACUUGUAUGACCAUACCCCGUGUCCGCUCAUGUCUCGCGACUAUACUUGACGUUGGCAUGCAGCUGCUGCGGUGAGUUAUAAGACGGUGUCUGGGACGUAGUCACCACUCUCCUCGCCUCCCGCUCGACUGAAUAAACUCCAUGGCACAAUUUCCGUCGGACUUCGAUUGGGGCUUCGCAACGGCGAGCUACCAGAUCGAGGGCUCAGCCUCCUUAGGUGGUCGCGGACCGUCCAUCUGGGACACGUUUUGUAAGCUUCCGGGCAAGAUCCGCGACGGCUCCAGCGGCGAAGUAGCGACCGACUCGGUCCGCCUCUACAAGGAGGAUGUCGCGCUCCUGAAGUCGUACAACGUCAAGGCCUACAGGUUCUCGAUCUCCUGGUCAAGGAUGAUCCCGUUGGGCGGAAGGGACGACCCCGUCAACCCGGAGGGCAUCGCAUUCUAUCGGUCGCUCCUCGAAGAGCUGUUGAGGAACGGUAUCACGCCUUAUGUGACACUCUACCAUUGGGAUUUGCCGCAGGGACUGCACGACCGGUACGGUGGCUGGUUGGACAAGGAGGAGAUUGUCAAGGACUACGUCAACUAUGCGAAGCUUUGUUUCGAUUCCUUUGGUCAUCUCGUGAAGAACUGGAUAACGCACAACGAACCGUGGGUCAUAUCUUGCCUUGGAUAUCAGAAGGGCGUCUUCGCACCUGGACACGAGAGUAACACGGAACCGUGGAUUGUGGCCCACAAUGCAAUACUGGCGCACGCGUAUGCUGUGAAGCUAUAUCGUGAACAGUACAAACCCGUCCAAGGCGGCCAAAUCGGCAUUACACUGGACUGCCACUGGCAGAUACCAUAUGAUGACUCUCCGGAGAACAUCGAAGCUGCCAAGAAAGGGAUUGAUUUCAAACUCGGCAGAUUUGCGGAUCCCAUCUAUAAAGGGUACUAUCCCGAACGAGUGAAGAAGAUAAUUGACGAUCGCCUUCCUGAGUUCACAGAGGAGGAACUAGCCGUCGUCAAAGGCUCAUCCGACUUCUUCGGCCUGAACACGUAUACCUCGCAGCUCGUCCAGGAGGGUGGGACCGACGAAACAAAUGGCUACAUCACUGUUGGUCACACACGCCCGGAUGGAACCCAGCUAGGGACCGUAGGUGCGAAGAACAUAUGCGUGGUCAAUCCCCCCGGGUUUCGAUCUCUACUCAACUACCUCUGGAAGACGUAUCAAAAGCCGAUUUAUGUGACGGAGAACGGAUUUGCUGUGAAGGACGAGCAUAAAAUGACCAUCUCUGAAGCGCUUCGCGAUAAAGAUCGCAUUGAGUACUUCGAAGGGUACGCGAAUGCGAUGCUUCAAGCAGUGACAGAAGACGGUGUCCCUGUCAAAGGGUACUUCGGCUGGAGCCUGCUCGAUAAUUUCGAAUGGGCGGACGGGUACGAGGCUCGUUUCGGUGUCACAUACGUCGAUUAUGCCACGCAGAAGAGGUAUCCGAAAGAGUCUGCUCAAUUCCUCAGCAAGUGGUUCCCGGAGCAUACGAGCGCCUGAUGUCGUCCAAGAGAAGCACUGCGUAUGAUAGCUAAAGCAAAGAAGGGCGUCUUCUGGGUUACCCUCUCCAUAGAGCUCUAUGGAUGCUGAUGCGGGGAAUCACCUGUGUUCCCGUAAGGAAUGGGCGCAUCACUUCUGUCAAACGGUAAUGUAGGAGUGCGGCCGGCGUCCCGACUAGUGCUGUUUCA